GUAUGUUCUUUUUAAACACAUUUUUUUGAUUUGUUUUUUGUUCUUAUUAGUUAAAAUUGAUUCAAAACCACAGAAAUCGGGGAGAAAAGUAUGAAAUCCACGAAGUUUUAUAUAUGAUAACCAUUACACAUUAGAUUAUAGGGAAGAAUAUAAAUUAUUAUGAUUUGUGUGUGUUUAUAAUUGUCGGAGAUGAAAUAUAUAGUAGCAUAGUUUAACUGAGGAAGGUUCCAACUGUGAACAAGACAAAACUAUGAUACUCGUAAAUGCUUCAUUAUUUUGCUCUUGGAUAUCCCCAAACCACUCCUAUAAAAACCAUCACUUCUCCAGUCAUCUUUCAACACCAAAAAGAUUCUUGUCGUUGAGGAUUUUCUCCCUCUGAGAUCAAUUUCUUCAAACACUUCUUCUACUAGUUUUUUCACUUCUGCUGUGAGUUCAUCAAAAUUCAUUAAUGGAAGAGAAUGGUAGUUCCAAUGAACCAAACAACAACUCAAAGUGGCCUCUCUUCAUUUUCUUCAAAGGUGCAAGGCAUGUUUUCAAGCUGGAUGAACUUUCUCGGGAGCUAUUAGGGAUUGCCUUUCCCUCAGCACUAGCCGUUGCAGCUGAUCCACUUGCUUCUCUAAUUGACACAGCAUUCAUAGGCCACUUAGGACCUGUGGAACUUGCUGCUGCAGGAGUUUCCAUUGCUUUGUUCAACCAAGCUUCAAGAAUCACCAUUUUUCCUCUUGUGAGCAUCACCACUUCAUUUGUGGCUGAGGAAGAUACUCUUGAAAAGCUGAAUGUUCAAAAUGGUAACAAAUUAAAGCUCAAAGAAGUGAUUAUGCCAGAAGAUCAGAUGCUUCAAGACUUGGAAAAAGAUACCCUCAAAGAGAAUAUUAAAACUUCAGCAAAACCUGUGAUUGGAAAACGUGAAUUAAAGGAUCUCGAAGUGAAAAGUUUUGGAUCUCAAGCUGUGGAAAAUAAUAAUGCUACAACGGACAACAAGGACAUAGAAACUGGAGAUGAAGGCAACAAAAGUAUCUGCAAGUCUUCGUGGAUUACUAAGAGUAAGGAGAAAGUUGUAAAGAAGAAGAGACGUAUUGCUUCAGCAUCAACAGCACUACUUUUUGGCACCAUCCUUGGUAUUAUUCAAACUGCUGUUCUUAUAUUUGCAGCAAAACCUCUCUUACGCGUUAUGGGUGUGAAACCAGAUUCUCCAAUGCUAAAUCCAGCAGAAAGGUACUUAAAACUGAGAUCGAUUGGAGCACCUGCCGUGCUUCUCUCCUUGGCCACGCAAGGAAUCUUUAGAGGGUUUAAGGAUACAAAAACUCCAUUAUAUGUCAUAGUUUUGGGAUAUACAUUCAAUGUCAUCUUGGACCCAAUUCUUAUUUUCACAUUGAAAUUAGGCAUCAACGGUGCAGCCAUUUCACAUGUUCUUUCUCAGUACAUGAUGGCAAUCACUCUCUUACUGAUAUUAAUGAAAAAAGUGCAUCUCCUACCUCCAAGCAUCAAGGAUUUACAGAUUUUCAGAUUUCUUAAAAAUGGAGGUUUGUUGAUGCUGAGGGUGAUAGCAGUGACAUUUUGUGUUACCUUGGCAGCGUCAUUAGCAGCAAGGCUUGGUUCAAUUCCCAUGGCUGCAUUUCAGACAUGCCUGCAAGUCUGGUUGACAUCAUCUCUUCUUGCAGAUGGUUUAGCUGUUGCUGUUCAGGCAAUUCUAGCUUGUUCAUUUGCUGAAAAGGAAUAUAAGAAAACAACAGCAGCUGCAGUAAGAACACUGCAAAUGAGUUUUGUUUUAGGAACGGGUCUCUCUCUUGCUGUUGGACUUGGAUUAUACUUUGGAGCUGGAAUAUUCUCCAAAAAUGUUCAUGUUGUGCAUUUAAUUAAAAUAGGCAUCCCGUUUGUGGCUGCUACUCAACCAAUAAAUUCUUUAGCCUUUGUGUUUGAUGGAGUCAACUAUGGAGCUUCUGAUUUUGCAUACUCAGCAUGCUCUCUCGUGGUGGUUUCCAUAGUAAGUGUAGCCAUAGAAUUUCUUCUCUACAGGACCAAACAUUUCAUUGGGAUUUGGAUUGCAUUAACCAUAUAUAUGACUCUUCGAAUGAUGGCUGGUGUAUGGAGGAUGGGAACUGGGACAGGACCAUGGCGCUAUCUCAGAGGUUGAUCAUUGACUAGGCACAUAUUAUGUAAUGACCAGACAAAUUUUGUUGUCGAGAUCUGAUUUCAUAUCACGUUCUAACUUUCCCCUUAUACAUAGGAACUUUAUUAUAUAGUUUUGUAAUACAUCUAGGUUUGCUUCAUUCACACUUAUUUUUUUACUUUUGUAAUGCAUCAUUGC